AUGCACUACUUUGAACAGGUCGAAACUGCUUUUCAGGUUUAUGCGUCUCUUUUUGCGUACGCAUUGACAGCAUACGACGCACGGUGGUUGUUUCGUUUGGCAGCUCGUCCUGUUGACUCCAGUGAAUUUGCUCUUCUCUUUGGCGGAGGUGGUGAAAAGAAACAAAAAGCGGCACUGGAAAGACCACCAGGUAUAUUAUCGUUUGGUUUAGAUGUGAAUCUUUUUCCGCACUGA